AUGUAUCCCUUGGUUUGCGUUGUCGACGCGGUGGCGAAGAACCAUCGUUCUGAUGCAGUGUGUUUUGUUGGUGGUUGGAUAAUUCGGGAAGAGCAUUUGGUGGAGGAUUUGGAUCAUGGACGAGAUUUGCUUCAGGCAGUGGUUUUGAAACACAACAUUAGAACCAUGGAUGAGAGUAAGUUGAGGCAAUGGUUGGAGUGA